AUGGGCUUGCAUUGCUGUGGGGUGGGAGCCGGACCCAUUGCCAAGAAGUUUGUAGAGGCCAAGUAUAAGGAUCGAGGAACUCUCUUGGCCGAGGCCCAGCUGGCCCAGAUGUCCACGCAGUUGGGCAUGUCCAAGACCAACCUGGAGGGAUUUGCCAGUAAGCACAAGCAGGAGAUCCGGAAGGAACCUGAGUUCCCGGUGCAGCUCCUGGACACAUGUGCCCUUGGCGUGGAUCGGCUCCCCUCCGGAAGAGGAUUUUGGUCUGCGAUGGGGGGUGAGCGAGCUUUCCGUUGCGACCUGGGGAUCCAGAAGAUGGAAGCAUGUGUGGCCCCGACGCCCAGGAAGGGAGGUCUGUUCACUCUGGAGGUACACUCUCAAGACGCGUCCAAGGGAAGGGGCCGAUUCGCCCAGGAUGUCAGCCACGACCGUUUGAUCAGGGCCAUGAAGAAACUAGAGGCACCUGGCACUGGCGCAGGUGCCCCUGCCUUCGGUGGGCGCCAGCUGAGCUCAGUGCCCCGCCCCGCCCCGCAGAGGGACGGCUACGUGACUGUCGGGGGCAUCAAAGCCCGUCUCAGGCGGGGUCACGCGCUGGGGCACCUGCCGAAGGAAGGGCCGGCCGGGCUGGCCCCUCGGGCCCCUCGGGAGGCUCGCCACGGGCUGCCAGCUCUCUUGGCAGACCCCUCCUCCCAGGCCAUUACUGCAUGCUCGCCUCCGAAAUCACGGUUCUCCGGGUUCCUCCAGCACAAAGGGCUUGCCCUGUCCCACUCCCUUGGAUUGGUGGGUGAGGUGCAGCGCCGCUUGCCUUCCUCUCCCCGGGGAUUUCUCACCCUCCCGCCGCCCUCCUCGCUCUCCUCUGGUCACACAAAGCCCGCGCCCUUCUCAGCGCGGGGACUCGCAGAUCUGUUCGCACUUCCGAAGACGCAGCUGACUCAUGCCCCUUCAUCUGUCCCCAGUUCCUGA